AUGCCGUCCCUAUUGAAACCUGUGCAAGCCGUGGCUCUCGCUGUCAGGGAAAUGGUGGUGGUAGUGGGCUGCACCCCUAGCUCGCCUGGCUCACCUGGCUGCCCUGCCGUUACCUUUACGCUUGUCCAUACAGCUACCCUGUUGCCCCUGCAACGGGACAUGACCCUUGUCUACUAUACAGCCCCCUGUCUCCUGUACGGACACCCUCUCGAAGCCAUGGGAGCCAUGGCAUGCGCCGGCUUGGGAUCUGGCGUCUUGACUGCGUCCACGCCCACGGACAACGAUACGACCGUCUUCUCGCAUCUACCGUCCACACUCGAGCAGAACACAGACCGCAGACUGCAGAGCUUCUCACUACCACCCUCCGCCUGCAAGACGCCUCUCCUUCUCGCCUUUACCUAG